GCCAUCAUCAUUAGACGCUCAUUCCUCCAGUCACGCUGCAACUGCGCCUCUCAGCUCCAUCACAUCACAUCCACCUCUCGCACGGUGCAGUCUGUGUUCUCCCGAUAGAGCGCCGCCGCCGAUCCACUCACCAUCCUGCAAAGAAAACUCACCAAACUCAACAGGAAGCUGAACGCGCUGGGAUCUGCUUCACUUCACUUCACAGCAGCAUUGGGCAGAGUCUCUCCUCAUUCAAUGGGUCCGUGUGUUGUGCUGCUCUGCUCCAUGUUCGGGCUCCUGCUUGGCCAAGGAGCAGAGCAGGUCUCGAUAGAGGACUGUUGUAAGGAUGGACAGAAGCGAGGCAAUGAUAACGAAGACUGUGCAUCCCUCCCUCUCAUCUCUGCGUCAGACACAUGCAGGAUAGUGCAGGAGCAGUGCUGUGUGACAGUGCUCGAGGAUAACAUGUGCACCACUGGUAUCAACGUGGCCAAAGACCAAGGAUCCUGUGACUCUUUAUUCAGUAGCACCUGCGAGACCAAGACGACAAAGAUGUGCUGUGGCUGUUGUCUUCUGGGGAAGACGACCCAGGAGCAGGGCCUACCAUGCUAUAACAGCCUGUCUGUGGGCUACCAGUGUGGCCUGGUGUCCCGGGCCUGCUGCAUGGAGGGAGCCUCAGAUAACCAGACAGCACCAACAGCACAAACAGAGUUACCAAGCAAGGAUGUAACCAUUGAAAAAGGAGAUAAUUCAGUGUUAACCGACCAGUGUGACGGGAAAUGUGCUCAUGUCUGUGUCGGCAACAACACCUGUGGCUGUUUGAAAGGCUACAAACUCAAACCAGAUGGGAAAAGCUGUGACGAUAUAAACGAGUGUCUGCUGGGAGCCAGUAACUGUCGGGCAGGACAGCGAUGCAUCAACAAAGAGGGCUCAUUCCGGUGCCAGAGAGAGGUCAGCUGUGGAACUGGCUAUGAACUCACUGACAACAACGACUGCAAGGAUAUUGACGAGUGUGAGGCUGGUAUCCAUAACUGUGGCCUGGUGUUUGAGUGCCAAAACAGCCAGGGGUCGUUCCGUUGUCUUCCCAAGGUCAAGUGUGGGGUUGGCUUCAUCCAGGAUGCCCUGGGCGAAUGCAUUGAUAUCAAUGAAUGUGUUAGCCACACCGGUCCAUGCAGCAGAGGACAGGUCUGUAUGAACACAGUUGGCUCCUACAACUGCCAGAGGAACUCUGUGAACUGUGGUCGGGGAUACCACCUUAACGAAGAGGCCACACGCUGUGUUGAUAUAGAUGAGUGUAAGGGCCCUGAGAAGGUCUGUUCAGGUCAUGGUUGUAUCAAUCUGGUGGGCUCGUACCGCUGUGAGUGUGGGAGUGGCUACAUCUUCAACAGCAUCAGCCGCACAUGCGAGGAUAUUAAUGAAUGCAGGCACUACCCAGGCCGCCUGUGUGCUCACAAGUGUGAGAACACUCUGGGGUCAUACAAGUGCAGCUGCACGACAGGGUUCAAGCUGUCCGCCGACGGCAGGAGUUGUGACGAUCUGAAUGAAUGUGGGAGCAACCCAUGCAGUCAAGAGUGUGCCAACGUGUAUGGCUCGUACCAGUGUUACUGUCGCCGUGGAUACCAGCUCAGUGACAUUGAUGGCAUGACUUGUGAAGACAUUGAUGAGUGCGCUCUGCCCACUGGAGGUCAUAUCUGCUCCUAUCGCUGUCACAACACCCCCGGCAGCUUCCACUGUUCCUGUCCCGUCACUGGCUACACCCUUGCACUCAACGGGCGCAGCUGUCAGGAUAUUGACGAAUGCGCAGCGGGAACUCACACGUGUGCGGAGAACCAGAGCUGCUUUAAUGUGCAGGGAGGAUUCAGAUGCUUGUCCUUCGAGUGUCCAAACAACUACCGGCGUGCUGGAGAAACUCGAUGUGAACGCUUGCUUUGCAAUGAGUCUGUCGAGUGCCUGGCCAUGCCGCUGAGAAUAACCUACUACUACCUCACGUUCCCCACCAACAUUCCCGUCUUCACCAACAUCUUCCGCAUGGGCCCCUCUAACACUGUCCCCGGCGAUGACAUCGGGAUUGCUAUCACCACUGGCAACGAGGAUGGUUUCUUCAAGACGGAGCAGGUGCCCUCCGGCGGCGUAAUGUCGGUGGCGAAGCUCAUCAACAAGCCGCAUGACUUUGAUCUGUCCCUGGAGCUGAGGCUACGUCGCUACGGCACGAUCAGCACGUACCUGGCCAAAGUGCUGGUGUUUGUUACCCAGGAGGAGCCCAGAGUACCUUACAACCCCCUACUAGAGUAGACAUGGGUGUUAAACAGGGAUACAGCAGUUACUACACUCUUAAAAAAGAUGUGUCAUUUUGAAAUGGAUUGUCUCAUGGAGAAAACGCAAGUUUAUCCUCAAUGUCAUGCAAAAUUAACAUAUGGUAUAUUGAUAGCAUAGCAAGGUGAUACAGUCUAGGCUGCAUUGUAACAUAUGGCAGAAAUAUACUGUAUGCAGUUAAAUAUAAAACAUCUGAUUUCCAAUCAGUGAUAAGUACCUAUAUAAUUCACCAUCACUCGAUUCUCUCAUUCAUGGAUUUAUUCCAUUUCAGACAGACAACUCAGUUUGAAAUGUUUAUUGCAACAGCAGCACAUAGAGUCUGGCAUCAAGGGUCCGACUUCAUCACUUCCCAUAUAUGAGGACGUAGCUAUAAUGGUUGGUGAUAAGCAAAUAUAUAUAACCCCAUGUCAGAGCCUACAGGUGGAAGCUAGGGUGGUGAAAGGGCUGAAUCGACAGGCAGUGAUAGGCAGAUGGAUACAGAUCUAGUAAGUACAAUCUCAACUGAUGUCCUAAUUAAGGAUCUGUUAUCUGUUAUUUGGGGUGUUUGUAUGUCGGAUUAUUUCUUGAAUGUUCACAGUGACUCCCUGUAGUCCUCAAAACAAAAUGUUAUGCAAAGAAAGUCCGACCCCCCCCCCCCCCUCCCUUUCCCCCCUGAAAUUAAAACAAAUAUGAAUUGAUCCCAUAUUAAACUUAAAUUUAAGAUGACAAGUUAUUUUUAAGAGUGCAUAUACAAUUCAAUAAAUUCAUAAAAUCAGAAUUUUGUAUUAAUGUAGUAUUUUACAUAAUCAACUUUUUUAACAGUAGACUUAAGGAGCCUUAUUCAGUAGUUAAAAAUGAAGCCGAACUGAAUGUAUUCUGGAGGUAAGGCACCAUGUUGGCCGCUAGGUGGAGUUCUAGGGCAGGGUAACUUUUAAAAUGGUACCGACCUAGGUCUGCUGACAACUGAGUGUAAUUUGAUGAUGGUUGCAUGAUAAAAUAUAACGUUUGCAGUAUUUUAUGGUUUAUGUGCUGGAUGACGGUUUUUCUAUUAAAAUUGAAAUUGAAAUAA